CUGUGUAAGUCUCGCGCGCCUCCUUUCCAAGAGAGCACUUCCGGGAACCAUGGUGUUUUGUUUUGCUUUUGGGUGCAACCACAGGAGUGAUCGACAUAGUAAGAACGACACACAGUGCCAUCUCUUUCGUUUUCCAACCAAUGUAAAAUUAAGAAAAAAGUGGAUAGAGCUCUGCAGACGUGCUGACAGAGAAUGGAACGAAGGGGACCGCAUAUGUAGCUGUCAUUUCGAAGAAGGCUGCAAGGACAAAGGCCCCAGCAUAUUUGUUUAUUCUAAACCAAAAUUUCCAGACGUUGCUGACAUUCGAAAAAGGAAGAAGUUUGCAGAAAUUGAAAAGGUGCCUACAGUGGAGAGUACAUGUACAAUCGGUACAUGUAGGGGUGGUGUCGAGGAGCCAAGCUCGGUGCUCUUUACAGCAGAGAGUAGUGCUGCACUUGACCAUCCAUACUUCCACCUGUGUCCUUCUUUCCAGUGUGCAUCCAAAAUAAAUGAAUGUCAGGCUUAGAUAAAAGAACUUGAAAUAGAGAUAAGGACAUUAGAAAUUGAUAUUGAGAGGCUGAAGAACUCAAGGCCUGUAAUGUCUGUUGAUGCCAUGAAAAAUAACCAAGAAAAGAUGCUGUUGUACACAUCCUUUACAUAUGACAUUUUCAAGAUCAUUGUUGCCACUUUGCAGAGAUUUGAACCGCUGAAUUAUUAUUCAGGAUGGAAUGUCACAAAUAUGAGUUUGGAAGAUCAAGUUCUCAUAACCUUG